GGGCGGGGCGCGCGCUGUGCGAGGCGGCGGCUCCAUGGGGCUCCUGGGGCUCCUGAGCCUGCUGCACUCGGCCUUCUUCGGGGACCAGGCGCUGCAGGAGCUGAAGAUGACGAGCUCGGUGGCCUCCUACGAGCAGCUGGUGCGGCAGGUGGAGGCCUUAAAGGCUGAGAACAGUCACCUGAGGCAGGAGCUUCAGGACAACUCGAGCCACCUGUCCAAGUUGGAGAGCGAGACCUCGGGGAUGAAGGAGGUCCUGAAGCACCUGCAGGGCAAGCUGGAGCAGGAGGCCCGCAUGUUGGUGUCGUCGGGGCAGACAGAGGUGCUGGAGCAACUGAAAGCGCUCCAGAUGGACAUCACCAGUUUAUACAACCUCAAGUUCCAGCCACCUGUCCUGGGCCCCGAGCCGGCUGCCCGAACCCCUGAGGGAAGCCCAGUCCAUGGCUCCGGGCCCUCCAAGGACAGCUUUGGGGAGCUGAGCCGGGCCACCAUACGGCUUCUAGAGGAACUGGACCGUGAACGGUGCUUCCUGUUGAGCGAGAUCGAGAAGGAGGAGAAAGAGAAGCUCUGGUAUUACUCCCAGCUGCAGGGCCUGUCCAAGCGCCUGGAUGAGCUGCCGCACGUGGAGACGCAGUUCUCUAUGCAGAUGGACCUGAUCCGGCAGCAGCUGGAAUUCGAGGCCCAGCACAUCCGCUCGCUGAUGGAGGAGCGUUUUGGCACCUCGGACGAGAUGGUGCAGCGUGCACAGAUCCGAGCUUCGCGCCUGGAGCAAAUUGACAAGGAGCUGCUGGAGGCGCAGGACCGGGUUCAACAGACUGAACCCCAGGCUCUACUGGCGGUAAAGUCGGUGCCAGUGGAGGAGGAACCAGAGGCGGAGAUUCCCACGCACCCUGAAGAUGGUACCCCACAGCCGGGGAACAGCAAGGUGGAGGUGGUCUUCUGGCUGCUGUCCAUGCUGGCGACGCGAGACCAGGAGGACACGGCCCGCACGCUGUUGGCCAUGUCCAGCUCUCCUGAGAGCUGUGUGGCCAUGCGCCGCUCUGGCUGCCUGCCGCUGCUGUUACAGAUCCUCCACGGCGCCGAGGCGGGGGCGGGGCGUCGCACCGGAAACCCGGCAGCCCCCGGAGCUAAGGACGCACGCAUGCGGGCCAACGCUGCGCUGCACAACAUCGUCUUCUCGCAGCCCGACCAGGGCCUGGCUCGCAAGGAGAUGCGCGUCCUGCACGUGCUGGAGCAGAUCCGAGCCUACUGCGAGACCUGCUGGGACUGGCUGCAGGCGCACGACAGCGGGCCCGAGGCGGGCGGCGCCAGUGGCACUCCUGUCCCCAUUGAGCCUCAGAUCUGCCAGGCUACCUGCGCUGUGAUGAAGCUCUCCUUUGACGAGGAAUACCGCCGGGCCAUGAACGAGCUUGGUGGUCUGCAAGCGGUAGCGGAACUGCUGCAGGUGGACUAUGAGAUGCACAAGAUGACCCGGGACCCCCUGAACCUUGCCCUGCGCCGCUACGCGGGCAUGACCCUCACCAACCUCACCUUCGGGGACGUCGCCAACAAGGCCACCCUCUGUGCCCGCCGGGGCUGCAUGGAGGCCAUUGUGGCCCAGCUGGCAUCUGAGAGUGAAGAGCUCCACCAGGUGGUGUCCAGCAUCCUGCGCAACCUGUCCUGGAGGGCAGACAUCAACAGCAAGAAGGUGCUGAGGGAGGUCGGCAGCAUGACGGCCCUGAUGCAGUGCGUCCUGCGGGCUACCAAGGAGUCCACCCUGAAGAGCGUGCUCAGCGCCCUGUGGAACCUGUCGGCGCACAGCACGGAGAACAAAGCAGCCAUCUGCCAGGUGGAUGGUGCGCUCGGCUUCCUGGUGAGCACCCUGACCUACCGCUGCCAGGGCAACUCCCUGGCCGUCAUCGAGAGUGGCGGCGGCAUCCUACGCAAUGUGUCCAGCCUCAUUGCCACGCGCGAGGACUACAGGCAGGUGCUGCGAGACCACAACUGCCUGCAGACCCUGUUGCAGCAUUUGACGUCGCACAGCCUGACCAUCGUGAGCAACGCCUGUGGCACGCUCUGGAACCUGUCUGCGCGCAGCCCUCGAGACCAGGAGCUGCUGUGGGACUUGGGGGCCGUGGGCAUGCUGCGCAACCUGGUGCACUCCAAGCACAAGAUGAUUGCCAUGGGCAGCGCGGCUGCCCUGCGCAACCUGCUGGCCCAUCGGCCCACCAAGUACCAGGCGGCAGCCACAGCCAUCUCCCCAGGCACCUGUGUGCCCAGCCUGUACGUGCGGAAGCAGCGGGCGCUGGAAGCUGAGCUGGACACCCGGCACUUGGCACAGGCACUGGGCCACCUGGAGAAGCAGGGAAUGCCUGAGGCCGAGGCUGAGGCCGCCUCCAAGAAACCACUGCCUCCCUUGCGGCACCUGGAUGGAUUGGCCCAGGACUAUGCUUCUGACUCCGGCUGCUUCGAUGAUGACGACGCUCCGUCCCUGGCUGCAGCUGCUGCCACCGCAGAGCCUUCCAGUCCCGCUGUGAUGUCCUUGUUCCUCGGCAGCCCCUUCCUGCAGGGCCAGGCGCUGGCCCGCACCCAUCCCGCCCGCCACAGUGCCCUGGAGGCUGAGAAGGAGUCUGGGGGAGAUGCUACUGUGGCGGCCAAAGCCAAAGCCAAGCUGGCGCUGGCGGUGGCUCGCAUUGACCGGCUGGUGGAGGACAUCUCCGCUCUGCACACCUCCUCUGAUGACAGCUUCAGCCUCAGUUCUGGGGACCCUGGGCAGGAGGCUCCCAGGGAGGGCCGUGCCCAGUCCUGCUCACCAUGCCGGGGCUCCGAGGGUGCGCGGAGGGAGGGUGGCAGCCAGGCCCAUCCGCUGCUGCGUCUCAAAGCUGCACACGCCAGCCUCUCCAACGACAGUCUCAACAGCGGGAGCACCAGCGAUGGCUACUGCCCACGGGAGCACAUGCAGCCCUGCCCGCUGGCCGUGCUGGCUGAGCACCGUGAGGACCCACUGCGUGGGCAGGUGCGGCCCAGCCAGCUGGACCUUGACCUGCGUGGUGGCCAGGCUGAGCCGCCCGCGCGUGACACUGCAGCUACUGCUGAUGCGGGGGUGCGCACCAUCAAGCUGUCGCCCACCUACCAGCACGUGCCGCUGCUAGAGGGUGGGGCGGGCGUGGGGGCACGGCCCCUCACGGGGCCCGGGGCUCGGAAGCAGGUGUGGAUGCCAGCGGACAACCUCAGCAAGGUGCCUGAGAAGCUGGCAGGUGGCAACCCGUUGCCUGCGGUCAGCAAGGUCUUGCAAAAGCUGGCAGUGCAGGAUGGGCCACUGUCCCUCUCUCGCUGCAGCUCUCUGUCCUCACUGUCCUCUGCUGGCCACCCUGGCCCCAGCGAGGGUGGUAACCUGGAUGACAGUGACUCUUCCCUGGAGGGGCUGGAGGAGGCCGGCCCUGGGGAGGCAGAGCUGGACGGGGGUUGGCGGGGCUCUGGGUCCACCUCACUGCCAGUGGCCAUCCCUGCCCCCCGACGGGGCCGUGGGCGGGGCCUGGGGCUGGAGGAUGCCACACCAUCCAGCUCUUCAGAGAACUGCGUGCAGGAGACACCACUGGUUCUGAGCCGCUGCAGCUCGGUGAGCUCACUGGGCAGCUUUGAGAGCCCGUCGAUUGCCAGCUCCAUCCCUAGUGACCCGUGCAGCGGGCUGGGCAGCGGCACUGUCAGCCCCAGCGAGCUGCCCGACAGCCCUGGGCAGACCAUGCCACCCAGCCGCAGCAAGACACCACCGGCACCGCAGGGCCAGCCAGAGACCAGCCAGUUCAGCCUGCAGUGGGAGAGCUAUGUCAAGCGCUUCCUGGACAUUGCCGACUGCCGUGAGCGCUGCCAGCCACCAUCCGAACUGGACGCGGGUAGUGUGCGCUUCACCGUGGAGAAGCCGGAUGAGAACUUCUCCUGUGCCUCCAGCCUCAGUGCACUGGCUCUGCAUGAGCUGUACGUGCAGCAGGAUGUAGAACUUCGGCUGCGGCCGCCUGCUUGCCCAGAGCGUGAGGGAGGCGGAGGUGGAGGACACCGCCGGCGGGACGAGGCUGGUGGCCGCCUGGAGGGACCCACACCGUCGGGCUCUCGGAACCGCUCCACCGGUGAUCAGGAACUGGAGCUGCUGCGCGAGUGUCUGGGAGCCGCCGUGCCAGCCCGACUCCGCAAAGUGGCCUCAGCGCUGGUGUCAGGCCGCCGGGCCCUGCCGGUACCCGUCUACAUGCUGGUGCCCGCCCCAGCCCGGGACGAUGACUCUGGCACUGACUCCGCCGAGGGCACACCCGUCAAUUUCUCCAGUGCUGCCUCACUCAGUGAUGAGACACUGCAGGGACCCCCCAAGGACCAGCCCCGCUCACUGGCAGACAGGCAGAAGCCGAUGGGACGCGCAGCUCCAUCAAGACAGGCUUCGGGUCCCUGGCCCAAGGCAGGGGGCACUGGCAAGAGCAUGGAGCAGACCCGGGGAGCCGGCAGGAGCAGGGCAGGACUAGAAUUGCCCCUCGGCCGGCCUCCAAGCGCGCGCUCUGACAGGGAGGGCUCUCGCCUGGGUCGCUCACGUGGGGAUGGGGGCCUGCAGUCCCUGUGCCUCACCACCCCGACGGAGGAGGCCGUGUACUGCUUCUAUGACUCUGAGGAGGAGCGGCCCCCCACCACCGCACCGCCCCCGAGGCGGCCAUCCGCGAUUCCUCGGGCUCAGAAGCUGGAACGACCUGUGGGCCGGAAGGAGACCCAGGCCCCGUCCAAGGCUAUGCCACCUGCCCGGGCCCAGCCCAGGCUGAUCGCAGAUGAGACUCCGCCCUGCUAUUCCCUGAGCUCCUCAGCCAGCUCCCUCAGCGAGCCCGAGCCCUCUGAGCGGCCAGCCGCCCAUACCCGAGGCCGCGAGCCAGUGGUCACCAAGGAUCCGGGCCCCAGCAGCGGCCAGGAAAGCUCCCCAAGCCCGCGCACUGAGGAAGAGCUGCUGCGGCGAUGCAUCGGCUCCGCCAUGCCCAGGCGCCGGCCCCAGGCUUUGGGCUCAAAGCGGCGCAAACCCCGAGCUGCCCGGCCAGAUCCACGGCCAGCCGCGGAGCCCCGGGAGUGUGCUGAGCACGUAGUGGGCUCCGACCCGGCCUCUGACCUAGACAGCGUAGAGUGGCAGGCCAUCCAGGAAGGCGCUAACUCCAUUGUCACGUGGCUGCACCAAGCAGCGGCUGCAGCCACCCUGGAGGCCUCGUCUGAGUCAGACUCCCUCCUGUCCUUGGUGUCCGGGCUGUCCACGGGUUCCACGCUGCAGUCAUCCAAGCAGAGGAAGGGGCGACAGCCCGGGGCAGGGGCCGAGGCAGGAAAUGCUCAUCGGUCAGAAAAGCGGGGUCCAGGCCCAGCCAAGAGCAGUGGGAGCCCCCGCUCAUCUGGAGGCCCAGAGAAGCCUCGCGGCGCGCAGAAGACUGCAUCUAGGGAGCCCGCUGUGCUCCGGGGACGCACGGUGAUUUAUGUGCCCAAUCCUGCCCCGCGGACCCAGCCCAAAGGCACCCUGGGUCCCCGUGCCACACCGAAGAAAAUGGGGGCUGCUGUGUCCCCACAGACAGAAGCCCCAGCCAAAACUCCCAGCCCCGGGCAGCAGAGGUCGCGCAGCUUACACCGGCCGGGCAAGACCUCGGAGUUGGCUGCGCUGAGCCAUCCCCCUAGGAGCGCCACACCGCCCGCCCGCCUCGCCAAGACGCCGUCCUCGAGCUCCUCCCAGACCUCGCCUGCCUCCCAGCCCCUGCCCAGGAAGUCCCCUCUGGCCACCCCCGCUGCAGGACCCCUCCCUGGCCCCGGACACGCCCCGGUGCCCAAGACGCCCGCUCGGGCCCUUCUGGCCAAGCAGCACAAGACUCAGAAGUCGCCAGUGCGCAUCCCGUUCAUGCAGAGACCUGCCAGGAGGGGGCCACCGCCACUGGCCAGGGGAGCCCCAGAAUCGGCCCCGAGGGGCCGGACCGGACUCGAAGGGGGCCCCGGAGCGCGCGGGAGCCGCCUGGGUCUGGUGCGCGUGGCCUCGGCGCGCUCCAGCGGCAGCGAGUCCUCCGAUCGCUCGGGUUUCCGGCGACAACUGACUUUUAUCAAAGAGUCCCCAGGCUUGUUGCGUCGCCGGCGCUCCGAGCUGUCCUCCGCGGAGUCUGCAGCCUCCGCCCCCCAGGGUGCCUCUCCACGCCGCGGCCGGCCCGCGCUACCCGCGGUCUUCCUCUGCUCCUCACGCUGCGACGAGCUGCGGGCGUCCCCGCGGCAAACUCCAGCCCCGCAGCGGACCCCGACCACGUUGCGUCCCGGACCCGGCCCCCGCGCGCCCCGGCGCACCAGUUCCGAGAGUCCCUCCCGCUUGCCCGUGCGCGCGCUCGCGCCACGGCCCGAAGCGGUCAAGCGCUACGCGUCGCUGCCGCACAUCAGCGUGGCCCGCAGGCCCGAGGGGGCCGCCCCCGCCGCCUCCGACGCCGCCCGCCGCAGCAGCGAUGGGGAGGCCAGGCCGCUGCCCAGGGUGGCGGCCCCCAGCACUACUUGGCGGCGCAUUCGAGACGAGGACGUCCCGCACAUUCUCCGCAGCACGCUGCCCGCUACCGCCCUGCCGCUCCGGGGCGCCUCACCCGACGAAGGCCCGGCCGGGGCUCCGCAGCGCAAGACCAGCGACGCCGUGGUGCAGACAGAGGAGGUGGCCGCGCCCAAGACCAACUCCAGCACCUCCCCGAGCCUGGAGACGAGGGAGCUGCCCCAGGUCCCGGUCGGAGGCCCCGUCCCACUUCUGGGCAGCGACGUCGACGGGCCUGUCCCCGCUAAGGUCCCCGCUGCAGUCCCCUUCGUCCACGAGGGCCUGAGCGUUGCCGUGGGAGGCUUUCCUGCUAGCCGGCACGGGUCCCCCAGCCGCGCUGCGCGCGUUCCGCCCUUCAACUACGUGCCCAGCCCCAUGGCGGCGGCAGCAGCGCCCAGCGACUCUGCGGCAGCAGAGAAGGCCCCGGCCCCGGCCCCUGCCAGCCUCUUGGAGUAGCGGGCUAAGUCGGCCCCCCGGUAGCCCCUCUCCAGACCCAAUCCGGCUGCCCGGCCAGCCCUUCCGUAGAGGCUGCAGCAGGCCGGGUCCUCUGGCGCCCGCCACGGGUCCCAUCAGCCUCAUCCCAGGGAGGCCAAGACCUUGCUUCUCCACCUCGGGGCUCGGGGGACAAGGGCCACGGAGCGCCCAGGGUGCCUCGGUCCAGCCCCGUCUCCUCGUAGGGACCACCCCCCAGCUCAGGCAGGGGACAGCCCCAGCUGACCUGGGCACAUCCAGGAGGUAGGGGACUCCUCUGGGUCAGCACCUUUCGUACCUGGGCAGCCCCCACAAGAGGUGACAACGCCCACUCGAGGUGAGGCCAGCUGGGGAGUAUGGCGCACUGCCUCUGCCAGCUGGGCCCGCCCGCCUAGGCAGGAGGAAGCCUCUAAUUAUGGCUCCGGUAAUUUGUUAAUGACGGCCUUGCCGGCUUUGUUUCUCUUCUCAGCUCCAGCUGGAGGAGCGUGGGAUGAGGGGUGGGGCUGAGCCCCGCAGAAAGACAGGCUCUUCGGGGAGCCCCCAGCCAGUGUUGCUCUCUCCAGGAAGGUUGGGGUCCCCCACAUUAGCUGGCCCUCCCUACCCCAUAGGAGAAGACUGGGGGGGCAGGCAGAGAUCUGGGGUAAGAAGAGCAGCCUGAUGUGGACGCCGGGGGCUGGCCACACCGAGUCCCUGCCGGUGACCAGUGUCAGGGACCUUUUCCAUCUUAGAGGGGGCGCCCGCACCACCUGAGUGGGCCCAGGGAGGGAGGCGGGGGCUCAGGGCCAGGGGGCAUGGUCCAACCCACUGUUGUGGGUGAAGCCAUGGCGAAGGGGGAGCCAGGUGUGGUGGUGCACACCUGUAAUCCCAGCACUUGGGAGGCUGAGGCAGGAGGACUACCACCAGUCUAA